ACACACACACACACACACACACACACACACACACACACACACACACUGGCUCAUGUGUUGCCUCAGACCGAGCUGGCUGAGGCAGGAAGGAUUAACUCUGAUCCAAGAGGAGCUGGAGCACUGGACUGCUGUUGUGCGGUGUGGUGUGGUGUGGUGUGGUGUGGUGUGGUGUGGCUUUAGAGUUCAGUGAGGAGACGCUCCACAGAUGUGUACCUGAGGAGCUUAACAGACCAGCAGCAAGCAGGCAUUGUUUUUCAGACUCCGAUUUUCCUGCUCUCUCAAAUCCACCAUUCACUGCGAUCUUACCAGGCAGAAGGUGCUAUUGAGACAGAGAGAGAGAGAGAAAGAGAGGGGGAGAGAGGAAGGAAGGAAGGAAGGAAAGGGUUAUCAGCCCAGAAUGCACUGCUGCCCUGAGCAUUGCUGUGCCGAUGAUGACCUGUGUGUGAGACUCCUGUGUGGCUCCAGUGGCACGUCAGCAUACCAGACCGCCACAGGUGGGUACUCCAGGAAGUGCCUUGUCCAACGUCUGCUGCAGCUUGGACCCGCUGCUAGAGCCUUGUCUCCUGCUUCUCGCCUCGCUUGCUUCUGGCGCCUGAGCGAGUGAGCGAGCAAACGAACGAAAGUGCUGACCAACCCCUCCGCCAGCCAAUCCCCAACCUAAACGCACCCCACCCCACCCCCCAACCCCCCAUACAGCACCUCAACCAGCCAAUCCGGCACACAGGAAGUCAACCUGCUUUGCCUCCACGACCUGAAGUCCAUCUCUGAACCCCCAAACGCCUGGGAAGGACACCAUCUGCUGGGAAGAUUCUUCUUGACGAAUGACUGUCUCCACUGGAGAGAGUCAGAAGACAUCUUUGUUUUGGGGCUAAACCCACCAGUUUUGUGGAGGUUCUUGGUCAUUUUAAGGAGACUUCUGAGGUUACCCAGCCACUCCUUGGCGCUCAGACACACAGAGGGAUUUUCAAGCAUUUACAGACUUUACCCUUUAUCGGGAUUUACUUUUGUCCUUUUUAUAUCCUUUUAAUUGUUGUUGACCCCUUCCUCGUGUGUGUGUGAGUGUGUGGGCAACCAACCUUUUGGUGAAACCAAGUGCCAAGCGAGAGUUGCCAUGGCGAUGAACAUGGCUCACAUGCGGGACACCAAGUGGCUUACGCUGGAGGUGUGCCGCGAGUUCCAGCGGGGCACCUGCUCCCGCUCCGCCGACGAGUGCAAGUUCGCCCACCCCGCCAAGAGCUGCCAAGUCGAGAACGGAAGGGUAAUCGCCUGCUUCGAUUCCCUCAAGGGCCGCUGCUCCAGAGAGAACUGUAAGUACCUGCAUCCUCCCCCCCACCUGAAGACUCAGCUGGAGAUCAACGGCCGGAACAACCUGAUCCAACAGAAGAACAUGGCCAUGCUGGCCCAGCAGAUGCAGCUGGCCAGCGCCAUGAUGCCCGGAAGUCAGCUUCAGCCCAUGGUGAGGACCACCACAGAGAACAUCUUUCAUCAGCGAGAGGGCUCUCUAGGCUUGUGGAAUGAGAUCGGGAGCUUGGUGAACUUGCGACAGCCCAUGUUUUCCGUCACCCCAAGCCUUGCCGCCACCAAUGCCAGUGCAGCCGCUGCUGCUGCAGCUGCCGCCUUUAACCCGUACCUGGGGCCUGUGUCCCCGGGUCUGAUGCCGACAGAGCUCAUGCAAAGCGGACCCAUGCUGAUGGCCAGCAGCCCCAGCGUGCCUCAAGUGCAAUCCACCGCCCAGAAGCUCAUGAGGACAGACCGGCUGGAGGUCUGCCGUGAGUACCAGCGGGGCAACUGCUCGCGCGGCGAGAACGACUGCCGCUUCGCCCACCCGUCCGACAGCACCAUGAUCGACACCAACGACAACACGGUCACCGUCUGCAUGGACUACAUCAAGGGCCGCUGCUCGCGCGACAAGUGCAAGUACUUCCACCCGCCCGCCCACCUGCAGGCCAAGAUCAAGGCCGCCCAGCAUCAACUCAGCCAGGCCUCGGCCGCUGCCGCUGUGACUCAGUCGGCUGUCAAAUCACUGAAGCGACCCCUCGAGGCAACCUUUGACCUGGGAAUCCCCCAUUCUGUCAUGCCUCCUUUACCAAAGAGACCGGCACUUGAAAAAGCCAACGGUGCCACUGCCAUGUUUAAUACUGGCAUGCUCCAGUACCAACAGGCCCUGGCCAACAUGCAGUUUCAGCAGCAAGCUGCUUUUAUCCCUUCAGGCUCAAUAUUGUGCAUGACACCCACAGCAAGUGUUGUUCCCAUGAUGCACGGUGCUACACCAGCCACUGUGUCUGCAGCAACUACAUCUGCCACAAGUGUUCCCUUCGCAACCGCCACAGCCAAUCAGGACUCUUCCUUAUCAAAGUUGACUACCAACGAAUACAUGCAAUUGAUUCCCAUAAUAUCUGCAGACCAUCUGACUAGUCACAAGUACUUGACUCAAAUGUAGUUCCUGUCCAGAACAAUCAAUUGAAAGUAUGCUGGUGUACCAUCAAGGACAACGUUCAGCAUUCACAGCCAUUACACCUUGAAGCUGUCUGUCUGAACCACAGAGGAGUUCAUCUUUCAGCUGGACCUCACAUCUAGUCAUGCAUGCAAACAUGGGUAUGACCAGGGUCAACGUCAUCCACAUCUAUCUCUCAUCCACAAAUACCACCGACAGACUAACACUCACAACAACCCUCCAGCUUGACAUUGAAGAGGCCUUUACUGGCACAAACGUACAUGCCAAAACAGAAUAGUGCUAAAAGAUAACAUUUUGCACACUCACACACGCUCUUUUUAAAAUGUGGAGAUGAUGGCGAUGUCACUUGAGAUUUAUACAGUAUUGGUACGUCAGUAGACCAAGAGAUUAAGUUUAAUUCAUAGUUUUCAUUGGUUUAUUGUAUGGUUUACAAAAUGGCAAAGGUGCACUUACAGAGAAAAGAAAUGUAUGCUCAAACUUGUUUAAUGAGCUGAUUUGGUGAAUUAAGUAUUCUGCUGUGGAAGAUUUGAGUAAAAAUUAGAUUAUGUAAACAGAAGGUUAGAAUUGAAUAAGACAGAUGAAUGUUUUAUUCAGAACACACAGAAACACCUGUGUUCGUCUCAAAGCACAUUCGGUUUGUUCUGAAUCACCCUCUAGCCUUCCAACCAUACAUCCAAAACUAAAGGUGUUAUUUCAGCAGUGUUAUUAUGUUUACUCAAGAUUUAUGUUUUAUUUUUUGUAAUGACUCUUGUUUUUAUACUUAAUUUCACAAAUGUGUGUGUUUUUUUAAUACGUUUUGCGCCUUUUUAUUUGUCAUUCAUUUAUUCGUGCAUUUGCCACAUAGCCUUCUAUAGCAUUCUGUAUUUCAGUCUCAUUAAAUCACAGUAGCCUUCCCCUAUCCCCCCCCCCACCCCCGAGUUCAUCAGAUAAUUUUUUGAACUUUUUCUUUUUCGUCUCAUUCACAUUUUGCCCCUUUACAUUGACUGUUGUUGAUAUUGUUGUUUUUAAUAAUACGGGAAUGGAGUUUUGGGCAGUCUGAGAGUGGUGUGAAAAUAUGUGCCGAGGUUACAAGUCUAAAGACUUUAAAGAGUGUCAUAUGGCUGUAUACAGCCAUAUCAGAGCUGGGAUAUUGGAGGACUGGCUUCAUAGCCGCCUUGCAGUCUCAAGGUGGGACUCUAAAACUGCAGCUGGAAAAUGCACGGCUUAAAUGAAAGGGAGAUAUGAAGAGCUGUGUGAGAUUCCUUCUAUUGUUAAUUUGUUUAGAUUUUUUAUGUGUGUUUAUUUUACUAUUUCAUUUCAAUUUAAACCAUAUAACCCAUAGGUAUCCAUCAUGUCUAAACCUAGUUCCACAUAUCUCUUAAUGUUCAUACCAAAGUUUUUCUUUUGUGGGGAUUAGAAGAAAAUAAGAAUGUUUCCCUUCUUAUUCUGGCUGUUAGAGUCAGUGUACAUAGGCUACAAAUUGUACAAAUAAAAGACAUAGGCCCACUGAACUAACGCAAGUGUCAAUUCUAACAAAUCAGAUAGAGAAUGGAAACUUUACUCCGGAAUCUCCCUGUACGUCCCAUUCUAGAGUAUUUCCGAGAUCGUGUUCCAUUGCUUUCCUGAUUGUACUGUACCGCUCCAAGCCUUAGCGUACAGCCUGGGCAACAGCCCACACAAAAUACUCUCACAAUCAUUGUACAGGUCAUAGAUGCCAAUGAUAUUCUGUAGUUCUGAUGCGUAUACAUUUAUCAUCUUUUGUUUCUAGUUACAAUUAACACACUCUGAUAAAUUUAUUUGAACAUCAUAGUUCAAACAGUUUUACUCAAUAAUUUUAACACAUUUAACACAAUACUUUCAGCCUUAUUAAUGUACUUGAUAACAUUGUCAUCUGUUGUAGGUUUUAGAUGUAUAAACAAUUCAUAAAUAUUUCAUGCCAUAAUCAUGUUUAAUAAUUAUGUUUUGUCAGUUAGAACAUAUAUUGGCAUCUAUAGCUUAAUGUUUUUGGUUUUGUUUUUAUUUGUAGAAUUGUUUGUGUUACUUUUGAAUAUUGAACAUUUCUCCUUGUCUGUUUCAAUUUGUUGAACAAAGAAUUUUUGAUAUUGACAUCUUAAAACAAGGAAAACUAUUAAUUGACCUGUUGCUGUGGCAACAAAUUCUGGCUGACAAUAGUUUGACAAAUUAAUUUUUUAUGUGUAACAAGUUGAGAUCAUCAUGUUUUAAAAUAUUUUGUUGUUGUUGUUCUUUUUUUCUUUCCUUUUUUUGUUUAAGUGUAGGAUCGUGUACAUGCUAGAGUAAAAGAAAAAAAUAUUUUCUACUGUAUCCAUUUCAGAGAUUAAAAUAUUGUUUUAGUAUUUCUUAAGGAACUAGCUAAACAUCCAAGAAUGUCAGGCCAAAAAAAACGAGCAGCAGGAAUCCUGGCCUUUGGGCUCCUCGAUCUCAUUAUGACGAGAGGAAGUGAUGUCAUUGAGCUGGGCCUCAAAGCCCCGUAAAUGCUGCGUGUGGGCGAGCCAUAACCUAAGGGACGAAGGUUGACUUUUUGCACUUCUGUAUAUAGUCAGUAAAAGUAAAAAAAGAAACGUGUAUAAUAUUGAAAUCUUAUUUUGAAUAAAAAAGUCUAUAAUUAUAAGAACUUUUGUUAGGUUAAUUUAAGGAAUUAGAAUAAAUGACCAGCUAACAAAUUUGCUUGCUAAUGUGGCUCCGUUUCUUCUGCCCAUCAUAAAAAAGGAAAAAAUCAAACAAACAAAAAAAAAACAAAGACAAAAAAAGAGCUAGCAUUUUUGUCAUUUUUAUGCUUAGCUUGUGGUCCACUAGGAUGUCACGUAGGUUGGAAGAAAACAUGCUCCCUCACCCCCUAGAUUCUCCAGGAUAUCUCUCUGGAGUCUUCCCAUACAAAACAUACAGCCCCUCUAGCCUGUGUUAACAAUAACAGACAUUUUAAAACUAGGGUAUUUUAGUGUUGUUGGACAUGACUGCAUGCCAAAAAAUCUAAAACAAACCAACAAAAAAAUCACAAAAAUAAAGUAGAUUAAGUACAUAGUAACAAGUAUUUAUCAUCAAACAUGUUUUAAAUUAUAUUUUAAGAUACAAGGGUAAGAAUCUGGAUUAAAAGAACACCUAAAACAUGGUAAUACAUGCUCAUACAUGAUAAUAAAAGAUUAUAAUUAUAUUGAGAUGCAAAACUGCCCCCAGGACAUGCUUGCCAAUAGUGCAUUAUCAGUGCCGUUCAACUAAGACCAUCUCAUUGCUUCUUUAACCAGGCAACUGUGUGUCCAGCAAGUGAAGUUCACCACCAACAUCCACAUUUUUCCCUCUUAAAUGAAUGUAACCGCCUUCACAUAUACACAGAUAAAGGUCAGCGUUUUUACUCACUUGGGUUUUAUUACUUUUUUUUCUGCACAAGCGCUAAUAUACCAAAGCAUCACUCCACCUCCACUCUGACAGAGCUGAUCGUGGAGCUUUCAAUCAGUUAUCCUCCUCCUGCAAGUUAACCACCCACCAAGCAGUGGACAGCUGAGGGGUUCUGGCCCUAACGUGGGGCAGAACCACUCAAGACUCUUCUGCUGCAUGGCCAUAGGAUUCUUAGUUUCUCUGCUGGACACACACACACACACACACACACACACAGAAAUGCCUGGCUGCUUAAUGCUCUCUGUGUUAGACAAGACUUUACAAUUUUGCUUGUAUUUGCUGUAACAUACGUAUUGUACUACGUUCUAAAAAAAUGUUUUUAAUGCACAUUUAUUAUUGGCAUAAUUGAAUUGCUGUUAUGACUAAAAAAAAUAAAAAUAAAACAAAAGUGUAAUUGC